UUUCUCGCCCCUUUUUUCUUUUCUAGCCUUCUCUUUUCUCAUAUUCCUCCCUUUUUCUCCUUAUUGUGUCCUUCUUUUCAGUUUCCUCCCUAGUUUGUUCCCUCGUCUCCUCCGCUCUGUGUUCAUGGACAGACUCAGCGAUAUGGGGAGGAGGAGGUGUGUUCGGACCGCUUGGACACCGACUUCCCGGACAUCGACCUCUCGCAGCUGGACACCAGCGACUUCGACAGCGUCAACUAUCUCAGCGAGCUGCAGUGGUGCAACGACCAGCCUGCGGACGCCUCGCCUGCCUCCAUCCACUACAGCACAGCAGACGAACUGUUUGAGAUAGAAGAGGAGAACGCGGCUCUGCUCGCCGCUCUGACCGACAGCUUGGAUGGCAUGGUGGAUGCCGAGGUGGGCGGGCUCUCCGUCUUCCCCGCCCUGGGGGAGGAGUCCGACCAGCAAGACGACGAGGACGAGGACAGUCUUCCACUCAGCGCCGAGGACUUCAGCCGCUCCCUGGGGCCCGAGACAGAAGACCCAUCACUACUGAAGAAGCUGCUGCUGACUCCUCCCAACGUGCCCACGGGCACCGACGCACACAAAGAUGGAGUCCACGGCCAUCGCUAUAGCAACAGAAGCCUGACACUGCGGCCGGUCAGACCUCUGGUCAAGACCGACCUUCCUCCGGAGCGUAAACACCGGGCGGUGCGUCCAGCGGGACGCCUCUGCACCGAGCUCCACCGUCACCUCACCACCGCCCGGGACGCGGAGGACGUCCCCGCCCCGGACACGGAGGAGGACGAAGAGGAGGAAGAGGACGAGGACAGUGAGUCGGAGGAGGAGGACGAUGAGGAGGAGGAAGAGGAGGAGUCUUCCAGCAGCGAGGUAGAGGGCGCCGCGGUGGCGGUCGUCGAGCCGGCGAAGCCUCAGUUCAGCUCAGAGAAAGAACUGCGGUCUGUGGUGGAGCUGAUCACAUACAUGCACACCUACUGUCUGCCCACGCGCAAGCAGCACGGCUGGGAGCGCAAGGACCGCGACCUGUCCCGGGCCCGCGCUCGAACUGAGGCCUCGCGCCCGCCCGCCACAAACUCUGCCAGUAGAGUCGUCUUGGUGUCCACUCCUGUGACCAGCGUGGGCUCGGCUGGGACGGGCAGUAGCGCCCCCAGGAGGCUGCCCUUUGCAAGGACGCGGGUGAUGAAGGCGGACUCGGUCCUCCGCGAGCUCCUGCAGCAGAGCGCCUCUUUCGACGUGAGCAAGCCUUACAGACUGCACAGCGCGCCAUAUUCCCACUCCCACAGUACAAACAGAGCAGCACCUGCGCCGCCCACUAAAUCACCCCACUCCCACUGCCACUCCCACACCUCUACUGACCCACAACCACGGCUCCACAAAGACUCUUCCUCCCCCGAGAGGCGGAACUCUGCUGAGGCUCUUCAAACACCAGAGGACACCGUAGAGGACAGCGGCUCCUUCUCAGUCCGCCGUUCCCGCCGCUUGGCUUCGUUCCCGAGCCGCUUUGCCAAGAGGCUGCGACCCGGUGGACGCGUGAGGGACGGAGAGGGCAGGGACAAGCAGGAGAGGGACGAGCAGGCGGGAGUCAAACUCCUGCCGACGCAAGCGGGGGGCGGCACCACGACGGAGGCUCGGCCGGAACAGCUGACGUCAACUGAGGCGACCAAUUCCUGCCACCACAGCGGAAAGCGAGCUUGUCUGUGCCUGCCUCUGAACACCAAGUCCACAGGAGAGUCACAGUUCAGCGCAAAGGCGUUUGAGCAGACGCUCAGUGUGGAUCUUUGUGGAACGGCAGGUCUGACCCCUCCCACUACCCCACCUCACAAAUCUGUAGAGGAUGAGCUCUUCAAGCCGACAGAGGGAGGAAAGGGAGGCGGCAGCAGCGACGACAGUGGAGGAAGCGAGUCGGUCCAUCCCGCUUCAAACGCCAACACCAACACCAACGUUUCAAUGAAGGCCUCGUCCUGGCUGAGCCGCACCCACCACCAGAGGAAGCUUCCGGAGCAGACGGAGCUGUACGCCCAGCUGCGUCGCAUGGGCCAGGCCGGCGACGGCGACAGUGACAACCACCGCAACUUUGGCGACCACGACUACUGCGCACUGAGCUUCGGGGAGAGCCGCAAGCGUAGCGCUGCCAUGCUCGGUGCUAUUUUGCAAGCGCAGGGAGGGAGCGACAUAGUCGGUACCAAAGCAGCCGACAAUCAGGAAUCGGUUGAGAAGGAGAGGGAGGUGAUGUCAGACAACACAGGAGCAAAGGAGCAGCAGAUAAACCUGGUCGUGUCCCCGUCGCUGCCGUCAGAAUUCCAGUCGGCAGGAGCCACGGCGCCAGCUUCAGAGGAAGAGGCGGAGCGCUCUCGCUCGCCCUCACCCACUCUUCCAUGUCCCGACUCCCCCGCCAGUAAGACAGACUCCAGUGAGAAUUCCGAGAUCUGUCCCGAUGACACGCAGAGGAACAAAGCCAAGUCUGACGAGGACAACUGCCAGGUGUUUUACAUCCACAACCUGCCGAGCAGCGUGACCCAGAACAUGCUGAGGAAACGCUUCCAGGUGUUCGGCAACGCAGAGGACUGCAAAGUCAUCAUCUGCAACGAGGAGCGUUGUGGGGUGAUAAAGAUUCGUAAGUCAGGAGGUCAAAGACACUGGAGAGAGCGGGAGCCAGUUUUUCAGAAUGGACCUGCGGGCCAGAGGAGGCUCACGAGAAAGCGCUACAUUGAUCUUGACGAGGCAGGUCCAGGCCCCGUCAAGAGCAAGUACGAUGCACUGGACUUUGACACUCUGCUGAAGGAAGCCCAGAAGUCCCUCCACCGCUGACAGCACAGUGCCCUCGUCUGGCCAGCCUUAGUAAAAACCACAGCAACACACCCCUCCGACUACUCUGCUCUGCCCUCAGAAAGACCUCUCGGUACCUCCAUGCAAGGCAACCUCGUAAAAUGUUUACAUUUUUACCAUUGGAUUAACGUAACAACAAGGACCUUGUUGUUGUUUUUUUGUUUUUUGUUUUUUUUUUAAGUUUCUUUCACCGGAGGAUACUGCUUAAAAAAAACGGGGAAGCCACUGGGAGUCCCGAUGAGCUUAAGAGACAAUGGAGGAAAUAAGAUUUUAAAACAGCAAUGGUACAAAACAACUACAAACAAUAAUGCUAGUUGCCUGCUGAACAACAAUAACAACAAAGCUGCUUCCUGUCUAUGUUGGUGACAUCAACGCCCCCUGCCUUGGAAGCGCGGGUGUGAGAGACCUCUGUAGCAAAUCCUUGCUGACCCUGCAUUGCGUUGGUCCUCGUGGUGUGCGUUUCUGCGUGUGUGCGUGUUCUUUGUUCAGUUUUUUUUUUCUAAGAAAAAAGGAAAAAAAAAAACAAUUAACCUCCCUCUUUUCCGACCAGGGACAGUGAACGUGCGAGGUGCGUUCGCUCUAAAGUUGUGUGGUUGUGUUAAAGAAAAAAAAAUGUAAAAAAAAAAACCCUGAUUUUGUUUUAGCGGAAAAAUUGUGGAUGUAUUGAAUUUUAAAAAUCUAUUGUGUGUGUGUUAUGAACAAAGAGUAUAACAAAAACAUUUAACGUAAUCAUUUGAUGACUGAUAAAAGUUUACAAAUCUAAAAUGAAGAAGAAGAAAAUCAUGUUUUCUGUUUUCUUUUUUGUAAUUGUAGUGCUUCCUUGAUUUGAUCUAUGCACUGUAAGGAGGUAAAUGUCUCCGCUGUCCUCGGCUUUCCCCCCCCGUGACUCUUAUCUCUAACUCUGCCUCGCUGAAGAUUUUUGGCUUCUGCUCCUGGCUGCUGCAGGCUCUGUUCGAUAGACGCUUUUGUUCAUUACGGCCCCAGCUUGGAUUUGGGGGAGAAAACAAAAGAAUUACCUCGUAACUGUUCAGGCCAAUCAGGCCAAUCCAAACGAUCCGACAUCAACAAACGUGAUUGUUGUAGUUCUCUAGGAACGAUGGCUAACGAGUAAUGGCGUCUAACUACUUUUGUACGGGCGGAGCUCCGCUGAGCAAGAAUCGUCUCGAAAGAUAGCAGCUCUUCGGUGGCCGCCAAGGAAACAAAAGACGCUAGACGUCGCUUCGCGUUAAGCUCUGGGUUCACUUAGGCGACCUAGAGCUAGAAGUAAAUGGUAGAAUUGGGUGUUUGGUGAGAUAAAAUCACGGGAAAGAGCACAUACAUGCUUUAUGGCCAGACAUCCAUCCUACCAGUUACUUGACCAAAGCAAAAAAAACAAUGGUCUUGGGGAACUACAAUGAUUUGAGUUGAGGAACGCACAUUUCUUGUAGAUAGCCCAAGAAGGUUUUGCCCCUAUUUUAUGGAUAUUACUUCCCCAAAGCAAGAAAAUGCUCUUAGGGAGUUACAUGUAAAGUUGAGCGUUGCAAGUAGCAAGUAAAGCCCAUCACCACUAUUGCGCCGUCUACGCAUUUCUUUGCAGUAAUCUCCCAUCAACUUAUGUCCCUAAGCAUUACCUGUCUUUGGUCAAGUAACUGCUUGGACAUGACCAAGGCCAGAAAAUGCUCUUAGGGUAGUACAGUAAACACGUCUAUUUACCUCUCUAAGAACAAGUAACUGGAAAGCUGUUACUUCAUCAAUGCAAGAGAAUGCUCUUAGGGAAGUACGUUGAUGUACACCAGUGCUAUGCUCAGCAGUACAGCGUUUUCCCUUGCUUUGGCCAUACAACCAUCCAAUGAGUUACUUAUUGUCAUCGAUGGAUACACAAACUGCUUCCAAAAUCUGAAAGUGACAGUCAAAUUUCUCCAAACUUCAGAAAACACUGUUAGUUGCAGGUACCUGGUAAAUUUCUUCCACAUCUCCCUGGGUCUUGAUGCAUCUUGGAUGAGUUCCCACUGAACAUCCAAUGUCCAUAAGCGGCGACUGCCUAAUGAACCCCACCUUCCUUCUCCUAAAUGCAAUGCAACGAUUACUGUUUACAUUUGGAUUGCAAGCAAGCAGGACUAAAAAUGGGGAAAUAAAAGAUGGUAAAGCUAUUGGCACUUUUAUACAACACUCGAUAUGAAUUCAUCCCAUCUCUACUUUGUCCAGACCAGCAUACUCCACUCUUCUCAAACACACCUGUAAUUAUAAGGAACGGGACUGUAAAUAGAAUUCAACUCUUUGUAUUUAUGAAUAUAUUUCAAAAUUACAGACCAAUUUGCUUCCUAAUCUUGCUUUAUAAUCGAUGCACAGACCACUGUCAUAGCCGGACGUAGAUGAAUCUGUUGGUUCAAAAGCGAAUGUACUCAACAAUCUGAAUGUAAUCAUCAUAAUUUUUUUUCCCCAUUUCUGCUUGCCCCAAAGAUUGUGGAGCUUUUUCCGGUGCUUUAAAGGUGGACUUGCGUCAUCAUCUGCACUAAUUCUAGCUCGAAGUUCAGUCCGAGUAAGCGCCUAAUCGACGUUCCUCAUGCAGCCAGUAGUCAUGCAGCCACUGUCAAAAAAAGAGAAAGAGAUGGUUUCUAAACCGGCUAAUCUGGUGGCACCAAACGCCACCUGCAGGAAAGCCAGGGAACGAGCCUGAUGGUGGUGGUGAAGAGAUCGGAUUAGAGUCUGAUUUCUUGUCCAGGAGGUACUGUAUCAGCUGAGCAUCUCUACCUCACAUCCACCCAUCCUUGGUCCCCCUGUCUUUUUCUUUCUGGAUGCUCUACCUGUUCCCUUUCUCCCCCGUUUGUUUUGUCUUUUUGUCAGAUGUGAUGUCCGUGUGAGGUUUGCCCCAACUUAUGGGCGUUUGUUGUUAGUGUGGGGG